AUGAACGCGGAAGGAGAUGAUCUUCACGAUGUUCUUAUCCUGAGUAAAAACGUACCCACACCAGAGUCAGGAUGGGGAUUUUGCAACACAAACCUAGGAGUUUUAGGAGUCACGCAUGACAAGUUUCAGUCCGUAAGGUAGUGCAAGUUAGCAAGGAAAGCCGCAUCACAAAUCGACCUUCUGAUCCUGUUUACAGCAUUACAAGUUCCCAAACACGAUUGAAAAUACCUGUCAUGGGGUUGCGCAUCACAAAUGUUCCUGUCAUGGCAAAUCUGCAUGACAACUCUGGGGUGGGGACGUUUUUACACAGGAUAGUUCUCUAUGCGGACGCUACGGCGCCAGCAUUCAGCUGGCCUGGCGCUGAGGUCUCUAGUACUGCUGCUGUUGUUGGUCCACACGGGGGUGCAGCAGGUGGUCCUUAUUUCGCAGCGCCAGAAGCUGAGGGCCACGACGGC